AGCUGAAGCCGCGGUUCCCACACUUGCCCAGCGCAGCCAGGCCCACAGCCCCUGCAGGAUCCCCGAUGGCCCUGCCCUGCUCCUUCUCGGUGGCCCUGGUGCUGCUCAGCUGCCACUCCCUGUGCUGUCUGGCUUGCCACCUGCCCGACACCCACGGCCUGCGCAACUGGAGGGUCCUGACGCUCCUGGGACAGAUGAGGAGACUCUCCGCCGGCUCUUGUGACCACUACACCAAUGACUUUGCCUUCCCCAAGGAGCUGUUUGAUGGCCAGCGGCUCCAGGAGGCGCAGGCCCUCUCUGUGGUCCACGUGAUGACCCAGAAGGUCUUCCACCUCUUCUGCCCGGACACGUCCUCUGCUCCUUGGAACAUGACUCUCCUGGAGGAACUGUGCUCGGGGCUCUCUGAGCAGCUGGAUGACCUGGAGGCCUGUCCCCUGCAGGAGGCGGGGCUGGCCGAGACCCCCCUCAUGCAUGAGGACUCCACCCUGAGGACCUACUUCCAAAGGAUCUCCCUCUACCUGCAAGACAGGAACCACAGCCCGUGUGCCUGGGAGAUGGUCCGAGCAGAAAUCGGGAGAUCCUUCUUCUCCUCGACAAUCUUGCAAGAAAGAAUCAGGAGGAGGAAAUGAGACCCGCCCGGGUCCGCACGGAAAUGACAUUCCCUGACUGAUCAGAGCACACUUGCACGUGUCCUGCCGCC